AUGAAUACAUCGAAAGCCAACGAACCCUCAACGAACGAGACUCGAAACACACCUGAACGAAUUGGAGACAAUAACUCUAUUGAAGCAGCCUUUCCACCUGCCUCGAGUAGAUCCUAUCUUAUAACGACUUGCAAACCAAUGAAUGAAUCAACAUUUGGGAGGGAGGAAAUGAACGGUGUACAAAUGGGCACUCGAGGAGGGAAACGAGACUCGUCAAAGGAGAGCAGACUGCCAUCUUCGAUAUUGAUUUCUGAUAGCACUUCAAGCACCACACAUACCUCACACACACCAUUCUAUAUCACUCAGCCAGCCUUUCCUCGAAGCCAGUCUGAAUAUCCAUUGUGGUAUACUCCAACACCACCCGCUUUGAAAAGGUUUUGCUUUGACUUGAACGGUGUCCCUACUGAUUUCAAGGAAGUCAACCAACAAGAGAAUCCAUUAUACACGUCAUUACCAACGUCAUCACUAGAUCAAUCAACCCAAAACAGUAAUUCACGUAAAAGACCAGCACCUCGAGACUCUAUUGAUAGCGACGAUACGCCAACCCUAAUGAUUACAGACCCGUCAACCUCAAAGAAGGCUAGCUCAAGUGUGCCAGCACACAAACGUCGUCAUAAUGAAGAAGGACGACCAACAGCCACUGCAUCCUUUAGAAAGGGAUCGGGGUUGUUACGUCCACCAAGAGUAUCGAGUGUAGGUCAAGUAAGAACAUCAACAGCAGCAGUGCCCUUGACACCAUUCCCAGAAGCCCUUGUACUGGAUGCUCAAACGUCAACAAAAAGAAAUAUGGAUGAUAUGAUUGAUCGUGAUGACGAAGACUUUAGCGAUAAUACUGACGUUGAUCUCGAUGAUGCUCCUAAUCUACCUAGUCCUCGAUUGUCACCAACGUCCACGUCAUCGCUGCCAACAACUCUACAUCUCUUGACCAGCCAAUUCUCGUCGAUACCAUUAUCGGAUCCACAAUCACCUUCAGCAAAGGAGCUGGAGUUGGUUGCAGAUAGGGUCUUGUCUACAUCACCAUUUGCUGGCGACUUGGGAGGUAUGCUUUUAGAACAACCGCUACCAGGACAUACCCGAGCUGAUGGCUCAACACAUCCUGCACCAGCAUUGUCUGAACUACCGCGUAUUAUCUCCACCUUUGAGGGAUUACCGCCGCAACUUAAAUCGUAUUUAUUACUACACUUAUUGAGACGCUGUCCAUACCCUACUCUUCAAUUCAUAUCAUCCAUUAUCUUGCCGACCUUGAAACGAGACUUCCUUGGUCUCUUACCUAUAGAGUUGAGUUAUCAUAUUUUAGAGUAUCUGGAUAUAAAGUCUAUUGGUCGUUGCGGUGCAAUCAGUCGACAAUGGCAACAUGUAGUUGAUGGUGAUGGUGCUGAGAUUGCUAUAUGGAAACGACGUAUGAUAUUGGAAGGAUGGUAUAAUGAAGCCGAGGUACAGAGUGAGAUGGCAGUGUUACGUAGUAGGAAUGCCAACUUGUUCCUCCGAUCAGCACCAUCAAUACCAUCACCAUCUCGAGCUGCCAAACUCUUGAAACACUCUACUCAGCAACGUCUACCGAUGGGUGACGAUACAGCAGAUAGUGACGAUGACUUUGCUCUAUCACUCAAGCCAUCGUCUUCAUCGAGACGUCGCAAUAUUGACUCUGGUGCCGGAUCAUCAAGUCGUAAUGCCUUGUCCCCGAAAGCAGGUGCCAUGGAAUUGGCUAUGGAUUUGGAAGACAGGCCGCGACCUGUACCACAAGGUGUAUACAAAACUCUAUAUGCUCGUCACUUCAGACUACGUAAAAGGUGGUUGGCUGGCCAAUAUCGCCAAGUCUCCUUCCCGGGUCAUGGAUUUAAUGUAGUAACAUGCCUGCAGUUUGAUGGUGACAAGAUUGUAUCUGGCUCGGAUGAUAUGAGUAUUCACAUAUAUGAUACAAAAACGGGAGCUUGCCGUAAAAAGUUGGAAGGUCACGAAGGUGGUGUCUGGGCUCUACAAUACUGGAACAAUGUUCUGGUAUCAGGAUCGACUGAUCGUACAGUCCGAGUAUGGGAUAUGCAACGUGGUGUCUGCACGCACCUGUUUGAAGGACAUACCUCAACAGUGCGAUGUUUGAUGAUUGUCACACCUAGUAAAAACGAUGAAACUGGUGAAAUAGCUCCCACGCAACCACUGAUAGUCACUGGAUCUCGAGAUGCUACAUUACGAGUCUGGCGACUACCUGUACCAGGCACCGAUGCCGAAUACUUCCCACCAAAUGGUGCCUCAUCACCACCAGCUGACGGUGCUCAUGUCAAUCCAUAUGCUCUCCAUGUAUUACAAGGUCAUACCAACUCUGUACGUGCUAUUGCUGGGCAUGGGUCUAUUCUCGUCUCUGGCUCAUACGAUUGUACAGUCCGUAUGUGGGAUUUGGUGUCUGGUGAAAAUAUUUGGGUAUUUAGAGGUCAUCGUGAAAAGGUCUAUUCUGUCGGAUAUUGUCAUGAAUUGAAGCGAGCCGUAUCUGGAUCUAUGGACGCUACGGUACGAGUAUGGUGUGCUCGAACUGGCAACUCUCUCCAUGUACUUGAAGGACAUACAUCUCUUGUUGGUUUGUUGGAAAUCUCGCCACAAUACUUGGUAUCCGCUGCUGCUGACUCGUCACUUCGAGUAUGGUCGCCCAUUACAGGUCAAUGCCUUGCUACCUUGGUUGGACAUACAGCUGCUAUCACUUGCUUCCAUCAUGAUCCACGUCUCAAUCGUAUAGUGUCAGGAUCCGAUGGUGGAGUCAAAGUAUGGGAAUUGUCUUCUGAAGGUCCAGGUGGUCCAUCUCGAUCCAGUACUUCGCGAAGUCCGCCACCUGUAUAUGGUCGUCUCUUGCGUGAUUUGGUGAGCAACGUACAAGGAGUCUGGCGAGUACGUAUGGAUGAACGUCGACUUGUAUGUGCUGUGCAGAAGGAUCAAGGGCGAACCUUCUUUGAAGUACUCGACUUUGCUGAAGAGGAGGGGAAUGUUACAGAAGCAGCUGAAGCUGACGAUGUAACGUUUGCCGACCAUUCAGCACCGGCGACCGCCUCCAAUUGA